AUGAAACAGCAUCAAGAAAAUGCUUUAGUUAUUGCAAGAUUUUUGGAGAGUAGUGAUAAAGUUGAGGAGGUUACAUAUCCUGGGUUGGAAAGUCAUCCGCAACAUGAUUUAGCAAAGAAACAAUCAAAAGGAUUUGGAGGAAUGUUAAGUUUUAAAAUUAAAGGAGGUUUUGAAGCUGCUGAUACCUUUUUACAGAAUAUCAAAAUAUUCACAUUGGCUGAAUCAUUGGGUGGUGUAGAAAGUUUGGCAGAACAUCCCGCAAAAUGA